AUGACCAUCAUGACCACAUUCAAUCUGAGUCAUCUGGAUCCAGGCACAUUCAUCCUCCUUGGGAUCCCAGGGUUGGAGAAGUUCCAUGUGUGGAUUGGGAUUCCCUUCUUUGUCAUCUACCUAAUGGGCAUUAUGGGCAACAGUGUCCUUCUCUACCUUAUUUCCACAGAGCGCAGCCUCCAUGAGCCCAUGUUCUUCUUCCUUUCCAUGCUGGCUGCUACAGAUCUCAUCCUGCCAAACUCCUGUGUACCCAAAACACUUAGCAUCUUCUGGCUGGGCCCCCAGGAAAUCAGCUUUGCUGGCUGUGUUACUCAGAUGUUUUUUCACCACUGUAGUUUUGCCAUGGAUUCUGCCAUCUUGCUGGCCAUGGCCUUUGAUCGCUAUGUUGCUAUAUGCUUUCCUCUUCGGUACAACACAAUUCUCACCCGUCAGUUUAUUAGUAAGAUUACAGUGGGCAUUAUCAGUAGGAGCUUUUGUAUCAUCUUCCCUUGUGUGUUCCUGUUAAAGCGCUUGCCUUUCUGCCGAAACUUUGUUGUCCCCCACACAUAUUGUGAGCACAUAGGCAUUGCUCGGCUAGCCUGUGCAGACAUCUCCAUCAAUAUCUGGUAUGGCUUUGCUGUGCCUAUAAUGACUGUCAUAUCAGACCUGAUCCUCAUUGGUGUCUCCUACAGUCUAAUCCUUCGUGCAGUCUUCAAUCUUCCAUCCCAGGAUGCUCGCCAGAAGGCUCUCAGCACAUGUGGUUCUCACAUUUGUGUCAUUCUUAUGUUCUUCACACCCGCCAUAUUCUCUGUCCUUGCCCACCGUUUUGGUAACAAUAUUCCUCGCUCCUUCCAUGUAUUGUUUGCGAACCUCUAUGUAACCAUCCCUUCUGCACUCAAUCCAAUCAUCUAUGGGGUAAAGACCAAAAAAAUUCAGGACAAAGUCAUCCUCCUCUUCUCCCGCAAAGGGAAGCAUUGA